AUGGCCCGCAGAGGCGGGGGUUCGACGCAGCGGCAAGCGCCUCAGCCAGGACCCAACGGCCACCUUCCGUAUGGUCAUGCCAAUGGUCUUCCGCCACCAUCCACCAUCCCCGCUCAGAUCGUGCGAGGUGCAGCCAACGUCAGAGCACAGCAGAAUACCGUCAACAAACAACCCUUCAUCGAACUUGUCCAGGAGUUUUUGUCUAACCCUGUUUUAGAGGAUCCAGACCCAGUAUGCAUCGCAUUCAUCCUCGCCAUUACCGAGGGCGGGAUAGACCCAUUCUUCAGAGAAGACCCAUUCGCUUCGAAGCACCUGGAGGAGCAAGGUACUCAAUGCAUCGCUGCUCUCAUCAUCAUAUUCCACCAGAAGCCUUAUCUUUGGUUCGCUCCAACGCACGCUGAGGAAGAAGAUGGCAAUCCGCGCCCACCGGUUGUCAUCUGGUUGUUCUCGAAGCUGUUGGGAUUGAUGGUACGCCAAGGACUUCUUCGUAUCCAUCCGACCGUGCUGGAACUGCUGAGUACAUGCCUAAAAUCCUUCACUCUGACCGCCAGUCGUUUGCGUCAAGCUUGGUCGGUCUUUCAACUGUUCCGAUCCUGCGUUGAUAGCAUAACAGCUGCCGUGGAGCUUAGUGAAGAGCCGUUGGAGUCGUUGUGUCCAUCUAUUGGCAUCAUUCUUCCAUCUUCGACUAGCAUUGGCGAUAUCUGGCCUGAAAGCCAGCACCUCGUGGCUCUGCCCCAAGGUCUACAGAGGCCCGUCACAUCUAGAGUCAGUGCGACAUACCUGGCGUUUCGUCUACUUGAAAUUCUCAUAGAAUGCUGCUUCACAUCCAAGCAAAGGACUACCAACGAUUCUACGUUUGAUAGCAUGCGACCGUGGGCCUUAAACAGCUGCCUAGACCUGUGGAUUAGCUUCACGAGAUGGACAGCCGGUGCAGAACGGGGACCUCUGCAUGACGAUAUUGAAGCACUGUACUUGCAGUCGCUGGCCAUCCUAGCUUUGCCCGAUUUAGACAACGAGGACGAUUUCUCCUGUUCAUCUCAAGCGCUGAUCUCUCUUACUUCGGGGCUGCUUGACGGCCUGCGAAGUUGCCUCUCAAGGCCAUUCUCCCGCGCGAAUCAGGCCCGAUUCGGUUACGUGCUGAUACGCUUGCAGUCUAUAUUUCAACAAAUACUCAGGGAUGAGCGAACGGGGAUCAUCGGCCGUCAUGUAAAGAAACUCGUUACAGAUACCAUGAUCCCAGACAUUGCUGGAGUCUGUCAAAACGUUUCAGAGCUGAUUGCAUUGGAGAAAGACUUACAGCUGUCUAUAUGUCUCUGGACAGCACCUGGCGACUGGCCUGCUGAAGUUCGGGAACUUCGGGCCAUUUUAUGCUCAGAGACAGGUCGGCCUUUUGAGAACGAAGAGUUGAACGAUCAGUCGAUUGUUGUUAUCAGCGGUUUUCGCUCAAUGAACAAGGUCGACGAGCAACCGCCUGCGAAACGUCGCAGAACAGCACCCGAGGCCGACAACGAUGCGCCUUCUGAUGUUUUGAACCAUCUGGUCAUGUUGCUCAAUGGAAGCUCUGCCAACUCACCGGUUUUGGACUUGAAAGAUUUCCACGUCUCGAUCCAAAUGAAAUAUGCCAAGCUGCCGGAGGACACGCAAGCUUCUGACCAGGAGCAAACUGAGAUGCUUUUAGCAUUGACCAAGAUUGCCUGCGCUGCGACCCAAUGUAUGAAAGUGCCGGAGAUCAGCCAAGAUCGCUGGAAGGACGCACCGUGUACACUAUGCGAUCCGACCUACAAGGUGCAGCGCGAAGCAAAGGUAUACUGGAACCACCAGGUUCUCGGCGAAAUGUGGAAGGAUGCUAUUGCUGGAAUGAUUGCUAUUACCCAAGAAGCCAGAUUUCAAAAUUCAUCUCGACCGCGAGUAUUAAUGGCCGUUGCUAUCGGGCGCAUCUUCAAUCACAUUUCCGAGACGGAAUACCUCAGCCUGGAAAUAAGCUCUUUAGGCGAAUGGCUGUUGAAGUCAAUGCAGAGGUCUUUACGCGAAUUGAGGAUAGCAGCAUCUCGAUCUCUUAUGACAUUUCUCCGAGAUGACAUCUCUCGCCAUGUUCGGGACAAGAACCGCAGAGCGACGAUGCAGUUCUUAGCUGAAUUGACUAGACGCAAUGUCCCGGCGCAGCAAGAGACUUUGAUCAUGGCAUAUGGUCAAGCGGCACGGACAUGCAGCGGAGAAGAGCUGCAUCUCAUCCUUGCCCAGCUGGUAGAGUACCUGGGCCACACGAAUACGGUUAUUUACGGUGCAGCAUACAAUGAGCUCUGCUCUCUAGCCGACGACCUUCACACAUCACCCCAGGAGCUUUUAAGGCCGUACUGGAGGACCAUCGGGUUCUCCAUUGUCAAUGAUUUGAACACAAACCCACAGAAAGCAAAGUUCGUUGUGGAGUUGAUCGGUGAAAUCUCCUAUGUCAACCAGCUGUUGAUUCUCAUUCACGAGGAUGUUCUCCCGGUGCUCGUACUGAAUAAGAGGACGGAUAUUCUACAACGCAUCGCCAAUGCGAAAAAGACUACGGUUGAGGAAAUAUGCUUGCAGCCACGAGCGCACCUUGCGCGAAUUAUUGCUUUGCUCUUAUGUCAACAUGGUCCAGAUGUCGAACGACGGGCUCUAGACACUUUGGUGGCUGUUGCGCCGGGUGUCCGACAAACAGGACAAAAGCUGCAUGAUCUGGUUCAGCUUGACGCCGCUGCCAUGGCCAGUGAAAUGUUCAAAUUAGCGGCAGAUCGCGACGCUAAUGAAAAGGAACUUUAUUACGAGGGCAUUAGGAGACUUGCUGCACUUGACGAUGUCAAAGGUGACCUUGAGCUUAAGAAGCAAAAGGACGGAAAGCGCAAAGCUGCAUCUAGAAAGAAAUCAAAGGACCUGGUGGAAACUUUCAUUCUUAAACAUGUCCUUGGUGUGAUGGCAGACUUCACAAACCCGAUCGAAAAUCAGCUCGGUAACCAUCACCUGACUGAACGCAGAAGGUGCGUCGGAGCGAUCAAGGAGCUGAUAACGUUUGCACGGGAAGACUCUUGUCAUGCUCUUACUCAGAUUCGAGCGUGUCUGCAGUCCGCCAUGGCUGAUCCUCAUCUUUGCGACCAAGCUUUUGACGUUUGGUCGCUCCUCCUCACUGUUCUAGAGGAAGCUCACCUGAAACUUGUUCUUGGCCAAACGUUCGCAUUGAUUGUUCACCAUUGGUCAUCCUUCUCGGACGAGACCCGGCUCAAGGCCAGCGCUACUCUGGAUCUUCUGCGAGUGCAAAACAACCAACUACUACAAAGCCUAGUCGGGCAAUUGGCAUCGCUAUCUUCCAUUCCGAUGUUAGCGAAAUUGGAGGCAGAGAUAGCUCGUCUGAAAGCGAAGAAGGAUCCCAUCACACUCUUGAACUAUUUCAGUGAGCGAUGCAACGACGAAAACUCGGUCGUUGUACAACACGCAUUGAAGGAGCUCGUGCCGUUCCUGGACGAAAACCAAAAGCUUCUUCAUCAAUCUGCUAUCGAUCAAAAACCGCUCCCUGCGCUUAUCACCCUCAGUCGUUCACUGCUCGAUGUCUGCGUACGAUUUCCAGGAUAUCAUAUCGAGCUACGUACACUUUGCGCUCAAUGUCUCGGGGUUGUUGGUGGCCUUGAUCCGUACCGUGUUGAAACUGUGCGUGAAAAGAAACAAGUUUUAGUGCUUCAUAAUUUCGAACAGGCCGCGGAGGUGAUACAGUUCGUUGCCUUCAUGUUGGAAGAAGUACUGGUGAAGGUAUUCCUCUCGACAACGAAUGCUCGAUCUCAAGGCUGGCUGGCAUGGCUCAUGCAAGAGCUGUGCGCGCUUUGUGGAUUCAACAAUGUAAAUGAGUCCGGCCGAGGUGUUUCGCAGUCUACACCAGCAACACAACGCUGGGACGAAUUUCCAGAGCCUGUUCAAAAAGUAUUGACACCUUUCCUAGACUCCAAGUACCGGUUCACUACCAAUGAAGACGUUCCAACAGCGCAGUAUCCAAUCUUCAGCCUCGAGCUUAGCCACUCCACCUGGCUCCGAACAUUUACAUACGAUAUUCUCCAGAAAGCGAAAGUGCAGAAUGCGAAGAUGUUCUUUCCUACUAUAGGAAGGGUGGCUAGACGAGAAGAUCUCUCUAUUGCCUCCUUCAUUCUUCCAUAUGCUGUGCUGAGCGUCGUGGUCGGAGGUGACGAGGCGGAUGUCAGUAAUGUCGGGCUCGAACUUCUGACAGUUCUUCGGACCGGUUUGCAAGGGGGCGAUCAUACGGAGGCUACGAACAUAAAGCAGUGUAGCGAGAACGUCUUCCAAGUGCUUGAUUACCUUGCCUUGUGGCUGCAGGAGAAACGCAAAGUCAUGUCCGAUGCAAGAAUCAUGGCAGGCAAAACAGGUCGAGGGAUCAAUGAGGUCGAUGAGAUUGAAGCAAUCAAGCAAUUUAGUGCGGUCGAAUCACUGUUGCGCCUGGUCCCCGCGAAGGUGAUCUCCAAGCGAGCUGUCGAAUGCAGGUCGUAUGCCCGCGCGCUAUUUCACUGGGAGCAAUAUUAUCGCGAAGAGCAACACAAGGCCAAGACUGCGGGUGAAGAACUCAUCAAGGAUGAUCUGCUGCAGCAUCUUCAACACAUCUACGCCCAAAUUGAUGAGCCAGACAGCAUUGAGGGCAUAUCUGCUCACCUUUUAAUUUUGAACCCAGAGCAGCAAAUUAUGGAGCACAGGAAGGCAGGACGCUGGACAGCUGCUCAGACCUGGUACGAGCUUGCUCUCGCGGAGAAGCCAAAUGAUCCAGAGGCGCAGGUCAACCUGUUGACCUGCUUAAAAGAGUCUGGUCAGUAUGAUGCAAUCCUCAACUAUGUGGACGGAUUUCAUGCAUCCCGUUUCGUCUCCUCGAGCACCUUACCCUUUGCUGCAGAAGCAGCGUGGUCAACAGGCAAAUGGGACCAACUAGAUAGGAUACUUACCGAACCAUCCGGAGCAGUCAACACCUCCUCUUCAGACUUCAAUGUUGGUAUAGGCAAGGCCUUGCUGGCAUUGCGGCAUGGUAAAGCAGACGCCUUCAAGCACACAGUGAACGACCUACGCACCGCCUUGUCAAACGGACUGUCUGCUUCGGUGACUGCGUCUCUGCACAACUCUCACGACCAUCUUGUCAAGUUGCACACGUUAUACGAGCUUGAGACCAUCAGUGCUCUCUCCAGUCACGCCCCAUCAGAUCGAGGAGUGCUCUUCGAAAACUUGGAUAGGCGGUUAGACCUCUUGGGCGCUUACACUUCGGACAAGCAGUAUCUGCUUGGAGUGCGUCGCGCAGCUAUGCAGCUGUCUCAUUUGGAAUUUACCGACCUGGAGAUUGCAUCAGCCUGGUUGACCACCGCACGACUCGCACGGAAAGGAGAGUUCUCAUCAGCAGCUUUUAACUCCAUCAUGCAUGCUACUCAGCUCGGCGACGAUGCUUCAAAGAUUGAAUACUCCAAAAUGCUCUGGAAGGAGGGACAUCAUCGAAAGGCCAUUCAGAACCUGCGAGGCGCUCUUGCCACCAACUCAUUUGCCACGAGGGAGAUGCCACCUAUGGACGUUAGUGUCUCUGUAUCUACAACCGCCACUGGCGAUGUUACACAUGCUGCGAACAGGGUCAAAUGUCAUGCUCAGCUGCUGCUCGCCAAGUGGCUUGAUAGGGCUGGUCAAACCCAAAGUCUCGUGCUGAAAGAGGAGUAUGCGCGGGGAAUCAUGACAUUCCCUAAGUGGGACAAGGGACACUACUACCUUGGCCGAUACUAUCUCAAGCUAUACGAGACGGAGAAAGCCUUGCCAGUGAACAAACAGGCAAGCAACUUCCUGGCCGGAGAAUUAACGAAACUGGUCAUCGAGAACUAUAUCCGCUCUACUGUGUAUGGAUCUAAGUACUACUACCAGACUAUUCCCAAGAUUCUCACUCUCUGGCUGGACAUGGGAAUGGAGAUGAACUCGCAGCCCAAGCUACCCAAGGACAAGGACCUUCACCAGCACAAGAUGAACCACCUUAACCACAUCAAUGCCUACGUCAAGCGGUAUGCGAGUGAACGUAUGCCGGCCUACCCAUGGUAUACUGCCUUUCCUCAGAUCAUUAGUCGUAUCAAUCAUCCAAACAAGAGCGUUUGGGAAGUUCUCCAGCUCAUCAUCAUCAGAGUGACCGGCCAGUAUCCGCAGCAAGCCCUGUGGGGGCUUUUAGCUGUGCAGAAUUCACAGCAGGACGAUCGACGGGCUCGGGGUGGCGGAAUACUACAGAAGCUUCGAGAUCACUCCAAGCGCAAGAAUGGCGCCUUGGAACUCAAGAGCCUUAUCAACCAUGGCCAACGUCUUGCCGAUGCUCUGCUGUCAGCAUGUGACACUCCAGUUGAACAGAGAGUGUCACACGUCAGCCUAUCCAAGGAUCUGCGUUUCAACACUAAGCUUGCACCUUGUGCUCUGGUGGUGCCUGUCGAAUCCAAUAUGACCCCUAGCCUUCCCUCCACCAAUGAUAGCAGACUAAUACGAGCACACAAUCCUUUCGCAUCAGACGUUGUCACAAUAGCUGAGUUCAGGGACGAUGUUCUAGUCCUGUCAUCGCUUCAGCGCCCGCGUAAGAUUGUUGUGCGAGGUUCCAAUGGGCGAUUAUAUGGCCUCAUGUGCAAGCCGAAGGAUGACCUCCGCAAGGAUCAGCGACUCAUGGAAUUCAAUUCAAUGAUCAAUCGCGCCCUGACUAGGAACAUCGAGGCUAGCAAGCGCCGACUCUACAUCAAGACAUAUGGAGUUACGCCGCUCAACGAAGAGUGCGGUACCAUCGAAUGGGUUGAAGGCUUGAAGCCCAUGCGAGACAUCAUAAUACGGUUAUAUCGCCAAAAGAGUGUCAGCAUCGAUUACCAAGAGAUACGCAUGCUGCUCAACGAAGCAUGUGCGGACCCCAAGAACAUACAUCUGUUUACGCAUAAGAUCCUCGCGAAGUUCCAGCCCGUGCUGCACGAGUGGUUUGUAGAGACGUUCCCAGAACCCGAGGCUUGGUUUGCCGCAAGGCUACGAUACACGAGGUCGUGCGCCGUCAUGAGUAUCGUAGGCCAUGUCCUUGGCCUCGGCGAUCGCCACGGCGAAAAUGUCCUGCUCGAAGAAGGAAACGGCGGAACCUUUCAUGUCGAUUUCAACUGUCUUUUUGACAAAGGCCUCACUUUCGAGAAACCCGAGCUUGUCCCCUUUCGGCUCACUCACAACAUGGUUGACGCUAUGGGCCCCGCAGGCAUAGAAGGGCCGUUCCGGAAGACAGCUGAGCUUACGUAUUCUUUGCUGCGUCAGCAUGAAGACACACUUAUCACCAUCCUGGAGACGUUCGUGCAUGAUCCUACAGCGGAUUUCCUGGGCGGCAAGAAAAAGAGGAGGAUACCAGGCGUUCCGGAGAGUCCGCAGGAGGUUCUAGAAAUCGUGAAAGGAAAGCUGGGUGGGUUUGUGAGGGGUGAGAGUGUCCCUUUGAGUGUAGAGGGGUAUGUAGAUAGUCUUAUAAGGCAGGCGAAGGAUCCGAUGAACUUGGCGGCUAUGUAUAUUGGGUGGUGUGCGUUCUUUUAA